AGGCUGCGCGCGCCGUCCCGGAAGUAUCGCGAGAGUCGGCGGCGGGCUGCCCUUGGGAGCGUGGUUCUUGCGGGACCCGCACUGCGGGGUCCGGCUGAACCGUCAUGGCGAAGAGGCUUCUCAGUCUAUACACGGACAUCCCGGACGGCACCGACUGCCACCGCAAGGCCUAUGCUAGCACCACCAUCGGCGGCGCCGUCGGCCUGGUAGCCUCCGCCUACAGCCUCAUACACAGGCCCCCGGGCUCCACCCUCGAAGGAGUGGCCAGGGCCGGCCGGUACACGUUCACCGCAGCUGCCAUCGGGGCCGUGUUUGGCCUCACCUCCUGCAUCAGCGCCCAGGUCCGGGAGAGGCCCGACGACCCCCUGAACUACUUCCUCGGAGGCUGCGCCGGGGGCCUGACGCUGGGAGCACGCAUGCACAACUACGGGAUCGCCGCAGGCGGCUGCGUGUACAUGGGCGCGGUGGCCGCCCUUGUCAAGAUGGGCCAGCUGGAGGGCUGGGAGCCGUUUGCAAGCCCCAAGGUGUAGCCCUGCCGCCUCCCAGACCGGCCUGGAAAUAAACUGCGUGCGUGUGUGACAGC